UUCCUUUUUUUUUCAUUAUUGAGUUUCUUCAUUUCCAAUUAUUUCCCACUAAUAUAGCAGAUAUAGCAGGUAUCCGAGAUCUCUUUUGGAAUUCGUGGGUGUUUUCUUUUAUCCGAAGCCAGGUUCGAUUAAAGAAAUUUUGUUCUGAAAAAUCAAUUGAAAUUCAAUUGAAAUUUGUUCAGCUUAAAAUCAGCCUUGUUUGCCUAUAUAGAAGCAGGAAACGAGGUGUUUCAAUCUAGACUUUCGGUUGUGCAAGAUACCAUCGAUUCUAUAUUCUUUUUUGAAAAGUAAUCUCUCCGUUUUAUUACUUUUAUCUGAAAAAUGAAGCCUACAGUCAAUUACUCUUUGUAUCUAGUAACAAGCUCUACACAAAUAGCACCAGGAUCCAGCUUGGAAAAGCAAGUAGAGGAAGGAAUCAUUGGCGGAGUUACUUUGGUACAGCUUCGUGAAAAAGAUAUUUCCACAAAACUGUUUUUGGAACGGGCGAAAAGUGUUUUAAAUAUUUGUCGAAAACAUGGCGUACCAUUGUUGAUCAACGAUCGAAUCGACAUUGCAUUAGCCAUUGGAGCUGAAGGAGUUCACAUUGGACAAGACGAUAUGGACUGUAAAACCGCUCGCAAAAUUCUAGGAGAGGAUUCCAUUAUCGGUGUUUCCACAAACAACAUUCACGAAGUCGACUGUGCUGCUGCUGAUGGUGCCGAUUAUGUUGGAAUCGGCUCUAUUUAUGAUACCAACACCAAGAAUGUUAAAGAACGUAUUAUCGGUAUUACAGGUCUGCGUGAAAUUUUGGAACAUAUGUCCAAAAUGCCCCGUCAGCUGAAUUCAGUGGCCAUUGCUGGUUUAAAUUCUAGUAAUAUCCAGAGAGUUAUAUAUUUGAGCGAAGUUAACGGAAAACGCAUCGAUGGUAUUGCCUUAGUUUCUGCUAUUAUGUCCUCCACGACGCCCCUCGAAACUGCCAAGCACCUCCGUCACUUGAUCGUCUCCCCUCCUUGUUUCGCUCAAAUCCAUUCUAAGAUUUCAUCUAGCUCGGAGUUGGUUGCCAAGGUGGGUCCUUUGUUUGCCAAAACAAAGGAUUAUACCCCUUUAAUCCAUCAUUUGACCAACGGUGUUGCUAAAAAUUUUUCUGCUAAUGUUACCUUGGCUGUCAAUGCUUCCCCGACCAUGGGAGAAAGUAAAGAAGAAGUUGCUGACUUUGCCAAAUUUGCUGGCUCACUUGUUUUGAAUAUAGGAACUCUACAGGUUCGUGAGACCCUUAUUUAUGCGUCUCAAAUCUAUAAUUCAUUGAAUCGACCUGUUGUUUUAGAUCCAGUAGGUGUCGGUGCUACAAAAUUUCGUACCGAUGCUAUUUCAACAUUACUAAACCAUGCUUAUUUCGAUAUAAUCAAAGGUAACGAAGGUGAAAUUAUGAGCAUCGCCGGCGAAGAAGGUAUUAUGAGAGGUGUUGAUAGUGUUUCUCAGCAUACUCUUACUUCAAGAGUUUCCGCUGUUCAACGUUUGGCUGUAGAACGGCGCUGUGUCGUUGCCAUGUCUGGUCAGACAGAUAUUGUCAGUGAUGGGAAAACCACUUAUAUCAUUAACAAUGGAACUUCCUUACUAGGUAAAAUAACUGCGUCCGGUUGUUCUUUGGGAAGUGUGAUGGGUGUUGCUGUUUCCCUUAUCCCAGAAGAUAAACUACUUGCUGCGGUCUCUGCAACAUUGCUUUAUAACAUUGCCGGUGAAUUGGCUGUUCUAGAGGAAAAGCCUGCAACAUCUCAUGCUGUCCAGGGUCCUGGAACUUUUUUGCCUGUUUUUAUCGACAAAUUGUAUUUCCUUGUUAAUCAGUGCAUUAAUGGUGACUAUAAUUGGCUUAAUCGCGCUCUUAUUCAAAAAGUCUAAGAAAGAAAGAUUACAGUUGCCAUGAGAGGGACGAUAAUUUUCGUAUAAAAUAAAUGAAUUACUAAAUAGCAUUUACGAUAAACACUCACAAAGAAUGGAAAAAAUAAUAAAGG